GAAUUUCUUAUGACUGCUGCUGUAAUAAUACCAUUGUCGUGUGACACGUACGUCGUACAAGCAUUCAUUGCUGUGACAUGCACAGUCGGACUACGGGUUUUCACAAAACAUAUCUCCUUCGGUUUACCUGCUAUCUUUCACACUGCCAUCACGCGAACUAUUCCAUCUACUGAAUCAUCUAUUUUCACUUCUGACACCUACCCUGAAAUCGAUUCUUAAACCUCGGAAGUAAGCAAAGGAGAGAAUGGAA